AUGUCCCGCAUACGCCAGAGGAUCCUUGAGUUCUUUGCGCAAUACCGCGGCAGGAUUUUCACUGGCCGUCCGCAGCGCAUGUCCAACACACCCGCCACAGGGCUAGCGGCGCUGCCCACCGAGGUGGCCGUAGAAUGUAUUUUUUACAUGGACACGGCCACCCUCUGCGUGCUCCGCCUCACCUGCAAAUCCUUCCGCGAUCUCGUGCGCGAGACACUCCAAGCGCGGUGUCGAGAAUCAGUCCUCCCGCCGCAGAGCACGUACGACAGGGUGAUGGCCAUCAGCGAGGACGGCACCCGACGCAGUAGCCGAUAUAGCUGGAGAAAGGGCCGUGUGAAGCAGCCGCUCGCUCGCCUGGUGGCCCAUGGUCGGUGUGACGCUGUCCGGUUCUGUCUAGAUGCGGGACUCAGUGCUAACGUCUACGACCUCAGUGCCCGACCACUGCUGCACAUCGCCUCCUUGCACACCCAGAUUGCCAUGGCCCAUCUGCUGCUGGAGCACGGGGCCGAUCCGCACGCUACGGUGUCUCCCGCGCGCUACACGGCGCUGGACUACGUGCGCUGGAUUCCGCUGUACGACGAAUUUGAGCCGCCGGUCCCACUGGAUGAAGACCUGCCGGCACAAGAGGACAUGGUGCGGCUGCUUCUCGGGGCUGGGGCGCGGUACACCACCGAAAACGGGGAGGGGAUCCUGCCCUUCCUCUGCGGGAUGCGUGACUACCAAGCUCUUCUACGCCGGGCGAUGCUCAACGGCACGUAUCCCGAGCCCGAGGACAUCGCGCGCCAUUUGCUCCGGUUCAUAUACUGGCCCGAGGGGGUCCGGAAGAUCGUCGAGGCCCUGCCGGAGGUGAAGUCCGCGGUUACUAUCGACAGGUCGCGCAGGCGGGAGUCGCGCAGGUCGGCCAUCCAACAGGCGAUGAUCGAACAACACAUGCCGCUCGCCUUGGAGAUGAUCAAAUGCGACAUGCCGUUGAACCUGGGGGACUACAGGACCCAGUACCCCGAACUCUUCAUAGCCGUGGAUAAUAUCUACCAUUGGAGGUUUCAGACGAACACGUAUGACUGGCAGAUUGUGCACGCCCUGCUCCGCCGGGAUGAGAUCCGCAGGGCUGGCUUCCUUCCCUGGGUUAACCAAGGCCCGAAUCGUCACGAGGUCUUUCAAUUCCCGCUGAACCAUUAUUUGCUGCAGCAAGACUGGCCCAUGGUGGCGAUGCUGUUGCGGAUGAAUCUUUAG